GGAGCGCAUGCUGUGGACCGCUGCAGUAAAGCAAUGAUGGCCACUAAACUGACUCAGCUUCUCCUUUGCUUUUGGAUAACUUUGCCAUUCUGUAUCACGGAAAAAGUCAAAGAAAGGAGCGCCCGGCAAAGAGACGCGGAGUUCACUGACAGGCACCAGUCGUGCAUGCAGGGAGUACCUGGAGUGCAGGGCAGGGAUGGGAACCCGGGGAUGAAUGGCAUUCCAGGCACCCCAGGAAUCCCCGGGAGAGACGGACUUAAGGGCGAGAAGGGAGAGUGUGUGACUGAGAGGCUUGAGGAUCCCUGGAAACCCAACUUCAAACAGUGCGCCUGGAAUUCUUUAAACUACGGCAUUGAUCUGGGCAAAAUAGCCGAGUGCACGUUCACCAAGCAGCGAUCGGACAGCGCUCUGCGUGUGCUCUUCAGCGGUUCUCUCAGACUCAAGUGUAAGACGGCCUGCUGUCAGCGCUGGUACUUCACCUUUAAUGGGGCCGAAUGCACUGGACCGCUACCCAUAGAGUCCAUCAUUUACCUGGACCAGGGCAGCCCUGAACUCAACUCCACCAUUAAUAUACACAGGACCUCCACAGUGGAGGGGCUCUGUGACGGGAUCCAGGCCGGGCUGGUGGAUGUUGGGAUCUGGGUGGGCACAUGUGCUGAUUAUCCUCGCGGAGACGCGUCGACAGGAUGGAACUCUGUAUCCCGGGUGAUCAUUGAAGAGCUUCCAAAAUGAGCUUCUCAUCUUCAGAAGUGAUCACUGUCAUCAUCACCGUGGCAAUAGAAGACAUCGUGUUCCUGUCACAGAAAGGACCUUCCUCACAGAAAUGGGACAAAUUAAAGCUAAUAGAGUUGCUUUGAGUCUGUGCAGCUCUCAUGUCUUGUCAGAUUAUUAUUCUCAUUUUGAAAGUUGAGGAAUUCAGUAUUCUCAGUUUUGAUAGUACAGAACAAUUACAAAAUAGAAGCACCAUGUUUUUUGGACACUACCAUAAUGAAAAUUUUGAGAAAAGAGGAGAAAAGUACCUUGCACAAUGUAAAUAUCAUGUUAAAUAUGGUGUUACUAUAUGAGGUCAUCACUGUACAAUAAUACCACCAUUUUAAGGAGAGUCCAACAAAGACGAUCCUUGCUUUGCUGAUAUUUAUUUAGUGGCUCUUCCUUUUGUGCCUGGAUGACUAC